AUUAGCCAUUCCUUAGUGAAACAGAAAGCCUUGGUGUCUGCAGUGGAGAAAAUCAUUUAUCAUCAGAAGUAUGAUGAUAGAAGUCAUGACUAUGAUAUCGCCCUGAUGAAACUGGAGAAACCCUUAAACUACUCAGACAGUAUACGUCCAGUAUGUCUACCACAAUAUGAUCAGGACCUCGCUGCUGGUUCAGAGUGCUGGGUCUCCGGCUGGGGCCAUACUCAUCCUGACAACACUCAUAUGCCCCGCAGCCUGAAGGAAGCUAUGGUGCCUUUAAUCAGCACUAAAAAGUGCAAUAGUUCCUGUAUAUACGAUGGUGACAUAACCCCAGAAUGCUCU